AUGGCGCCGCCUCUAGAGAUCUCCAUACCUUCUACGAUCCUUCACAGCGAAGGGAACGCCAAACCGUAUACUCUGUACAACAUAACUCUCCGCCUCCCUCUACGCACAUUCGUAGUCCAAAAGCGCUACUCUGAUUUCCUUACCCUCCAUCAAUCGCUCACUUCGAUCGUCAAUUCCCCUCCACCAGCCCCAUUACCCGCGAAAUCAUGGUUCAAAUCAACAGCAUCCUCGCCAGAACUCACGGAAACUAGACGAGUAGGGUUAGAGAAGUAUCUUCGCGCUAUCGCAGAAGGCCCUGAUCGAAGCUGGAGAGAUACCUCGAUCUGGCGUACAUUUCUAAACCUCCCAAGUUCUUCGAAUGGCUCAUCGAGUUCCGCUCGUGGAGAGCUUAUUGCGGCGAGGAAUCGGGGAAUGUUGGGGAAAGAUGCUGGACAGGUGGCGUCGGAUCCUUUGAUUUGGUUGGACUUGCACCGCGAGAUGAAGGGGCAGUUGCACGACGCUAGGUUAUUUUUGGGGAGGAGAGAUGGAGCGGAGAAUGUACAAAUACAACAUGAAGCUGGUGCGAACGCAAAGCGAUGUCUGGUCAAAGCGGGGGGGCUCUUAGGAAACUUGGAGGACGGAUUAAGAAUUAUGGCGGAUGCGGAGAAGAGAGGCGGAGAGGGUAAGGUGGGCGCUGGUGAGCUGAGACGAAGAAGAGAUCUACUUGGGAGUGCCAAGGUAGAAAGAGAUGGGUUGGAGAAACUGGCUGUCAGUCUUGCGGUCAAGUCACAUACCUCAACGGCAGCAGCUUCGCAAACCUCCAAGGCGGCGAUGUUUGGCCCUGGAGUCUCGCGCCCGCCAGGAAGGGUUCUUGGUGCUCCAGUACCUGAAACGGACAAAACGAGGGAAUUGGAUAACGAAGGCGUACUUCAGCUCCAGAAACAGAUGAUGGAGAACCAAGACCUGGACGUGGAGGAGCUUGGCAAGAUUGUGCGUCGACAAAGGGAGAUGGGAAUGCAAAUCAACCAGGAGCUGGAAUUGCAGAAUGAGAUGCUCACACAAGUUGACAUGGACGUUGAUCGCGUGAAUAGCAAGCUUGACAUUGCGAAGAAAAGAGUCAAGAAAAUCUCAUGA